AUGCUUGCAGGUGGCAUACCCUGGAGACGCGGAUAUCUGUUUCAAGGCAUUCCGGGUAGUGGCAAAUCCUCCAUGGUUCACGUCAUGGCCAGUGAGCUAUCCAUGCACAUCUACUCGAUAUCCCUGUCAAACAACAAGAUUGACGAUGCGACGUUUCAGGAAUUGGCGCAGAAGGUUCCUGAAAGGAGUAUCUUGCUCCUAGAAGAUGUCGACGUGGCCUUUGCGAAUAGAGAGCAAAAGCUCACCGGCAUAACGCUGUCGAGCUUGCUCAAUGCAAUUGAUGGAGUUGGAGCGACAGACGGCCGCAUAUUAGUCCUCAGCACCAAUCGCAAGGAGGUUCUGGACGAGGCACUUAUCCGGCCGGGUCGAGUGGACUACGAAUUAGCCUUCACACAUGCGACUUCUUCUCAAGCCUACGAGCUCUUUUUACGUUGGUACAAGCCAGCGUCUCGUCGUACCGACAGUGGCUCUUUGGCGCACUCGCAAAUAGAGAAGCUCCGCUCGGACGAGCAAGAUCUGGAGAAGGAGGCACGGUCAUUCGCGCAAGCUAUACCAAAUGAACGAGUCAGCGUCGCAGCGCUGCAGGGUCAUUUGUUAAAGUACCCGCACGAACCUCUGAAAGCCGUUCAGACUUUGUCUAGAUGGCUUUCAGAGCAAGCAGGUAAGGACGACGCAGUAUAA